UGUCAGGUACGAUGUUCAAGUAGGUAGUCAGAGUUUUUGUAAUUAAUUUGUCGAUAUGGAAGAAAGAUUUGAUACCUGUUGGAUAUUACAAGUAGAGUAUGUUGGGAAGUGUUGAAAUCAACUUUUCAAUCUUUCACUGCGAGUAGAAAGUGUGUGAUGAAUUGAUAUUCGACCGGAUUUGUAACGCGCGCUUCCUCGAACGACGCGCCGCCAUGACAGUGCAGCUGGCAAGUAAACGAAACGGUGGGUUGGGGAAAACGAAAGACCUGUAUCCACCAUAACGGCUUGGAGUUGUGUGACGUCUUCAAUGGCUGCCGUCGUAUUGUCUACGUACGUAACGGAGCGCGGUACUCUCGCAAACCGCGUUCCGUGCUGGUUUACAACGUAGUGUUUACUGUAUUUAUCGUUAGAAUAUUCUAUCAGGCUGUGGGCCGACGUGCAAACCAUGGGCUCGAAGAAGCAUAAAAAGCACAAGCGCGAAAGGCACGAAGAAGGCUACUAUACAACCACGGAUAAACCCCCUACCUUGAAAUUAAUUUUAAAGGUUGGGGGUAGUAGUGGGACACCUGAAUACGAAUCCCCAAGUCAGGCAGCAAUGCUGUCCCAACAUUUGGGUGUCUACCAACAACAGUUGGGUCUCAAUUGUUCUGUGACGCAGGAAUCUGAAUACGACAGAUAUGUGGGACACAAGAAACUUAAAAAGAAGAAGAAAAAGAAGGAUAAGAGACAUAAACAUCAUCAUAAGGAUAAAAAGAGGAGAAGAGAGGAAUCCAGUCAGGAAUCGGUUGGAGAUGCUGAUGAAAGUUUGACCGAAAUCCCUAAAAAGAUUCCUAAUCAUCAGUUAUUACCACCGAGACCACCGUCUACUGGAGAACACAGAGUCGGUGUCACUAGCCAUAAUAUUAGUUCUCUUUCGCCACAUCGGGAACCUAGAACUUGCGUGCUUAGGAAAAUUGCCGAGCGUACACCUCUUCAACGAUUAUUGGAACAUCUUCUUAGAUCAAUGGAGAAACGUGAUCCACAACAAUUCUUUGCUUGGCCAGUUACAGAUAGCAUUGCACCUGGAUACUCUCAGAUCAUUACUAAUCCUAUGGAUUUCAGUACCAUAAAGCAGAAAAUAGACGAUAACAGCUAUCAAAAUUUAAAUGAAUUUGUAGAAGACUUCAAAUUAAUGUGUGAUAACGCUACCACAUACAAUCAUCCAGAUACUAUUUAUUACAAGGCAGCAAAAAAAUUGUUGCCCGUUGGCUUAAAAAUGGUUACACCAGAAAAGCUUCGCCAAUUAAGACCUGUAUUAACUUAUAUGCAGGACAUAUCGAAAGAAGAACUUGGUUUUGAAUUAGGUACGGAAGAUCUUAAUAAUCCAGACGUUCCAGUAACAGAGGAGCAAAUCGAACGGGAACGGGAACAGGAAGAACGUAACGAAGAGGCAGAAGAACUUAGAAAAGAGAACCAGAGGAAAAUGAGAUUAGCAAAUUUAGGUAAAUUUGAAGCCAUUCCGGAUGAUAUGACGCCAGAGGAAAUCUUAAAACAAGCUCGAGGAGCCGCGAAAGCGGCAUCGGAUAAGUUGACGUUGAAAAGGUUGAAUUCUAAAAUGGGUUUCCUUAGACAAAAGAAAGAUGGGACUACUAGUUUGCAGAUCAUAGUACCGGGAGACGGCGUAAUUCCUGGAACUAAUCAAAGACCAGUCUCGUUGGUGCAGCUUAUAGGUAAAUUGAAUCACGGUACAGGAGCGUUAGCAGGAUUCCGAGAAGAUAGGAGAAACAUGUCGAAACCAGUAAAACCUUUGUAUUACGGUGCCUUUGGUUCUUACGCCCCAAGUUACGAUUCUACAUUCGCUAAUCUCACGAAGGAGGAAACAGACUUGGUGUAUCAGACAUACGGCGAUGAAACUGCUGUACAAUACGCAGAAUCCAUAUUAGACUUUGCUAAAGACUGUGAUUAUACGUUAACUAUGGUCGACGAUCUGUUGGAUAUUCUGACAGGAGGAGAUCACAGAAAGACUAAGAAGUUCCUCGAAGAAAAACGAAGACUCAAAGAGGAAGAAGAGAAGAUAAAGCAUUUGUUAGAGAAACCUAUGCAAGAUGUUAAUCGCAAUAUUCCAGCUAUGGACGGAGUAAAAGUUGACAUCGAUCAAUUGAAAACGCUAUCAGAAUUAGGAAUUGAUGUUCAUUUUUUGGAAAAUAUGGAAGAGGAAUUGAAGCUGAACGAGGAACGCGCAGCUUUACAGAGUCGAUUGGACGAUACGUCGCAAAUGUUAGGCCGUUUGAAGCAAGUGCAGCAUGAACGGCUCUCGGCUCCACCGCCUGCUCACUUGUCCAAUGUUCCUAAACCAUCGGAGGCAGAAGUGGUGAUAGCCGACAAAAUUACGGAUAAUUUAACAGAGAUAGCGAAGAAGCUUCCUCCUUCAGCUAUCGCUCCUGUUGAUGGUUUGCGAAGAGCUAUGGGCAUAGCACCUCUUGGUGGACCAGAACCUAUGGAAGUGGAACCGAUCACGCAUAAUCCCACCAUUGUCGCGGAAAAUAAUCUCUUGUCGCAAACUAACAGCAAUCAAGUUUCGUCGAACCUGUUGCCGGAUCCGUCACCAAUUCAAAACACUAACUUGCUCAGUCCAACAAGUCAACAAAAUCAACCGAUCAAUAUUGUGAAUACGAAUCAACCGCCUAUUCAAAUACAAAUCGGUAUGACGCACAGUCAGACACCUCCGUCUUUAUUGAGCACAUCAGAGACGUCUGCGGUUCCAGACUUAGAGUCAGAACUUAGAGAAUUUCUAGAAAGUGAUCCUACAUUAGGACAUUCGCCACUGCACGAUGACAAAACAUUGGAGGACAUUUUAUCCGAGUCUUAGUGUACAUGGUUCUCGAGGUGUAUGAUUUUUAUUAAGAUUUACCUUUUAAGGGUUGUACAUUUUAUUAAAUAUAUGCAAUAAGUUUAAU